AUGGCACAAGACACAGAAUAUCAUUCCGCAGUAACAGCACUUCAUCCUGAUGUCGGUAAGUCUCACAGCUUCUCUUCAUUUUUGUGUUAAAGUUUAAUGAAAUGAAAAAUCCUCCAAGUGCAAAUUUUAGGUCAUGACUAAGUGAAUUUUUAAUAUAUUUCAGAAUAAAAUAUUGAUAGAAGAAAGGUAGAAUCGCCGUUUCUUUCAGGCAGGUAUUGUUGUGUUCUGUAAUUCUUGACAACAAGCAUUUGGUGUGAGGGAAAAGAGGUAUAUCGAGAAAGUGCCAAAAUGUUUAUUUUUGUUUUUCAUGAAUCGACAUGAAACAAGAAUAAUUUAUUUAUGGGCUAUCUUCAGCGGUAAACGUAACGUUGUCCAUUUCCGUGUAGAAGUGUUGUAAUUCAGAAGGACUAAGAGGCCUACUUUCUUUUUUUUAAUUUUCAUAAAUAACAAGGAAAUAGUGUGAUACACAGCAAUUUCACUCGCGUUGAAGCCUUGAAGUAUUAAAUAAUCUCUUGAUAAACAGAGUUUAAUUUAUUCACAUAUAUAAUUUAUAUUACACUCUAGACUCAAACAAGCUUGACAAAGAAUAUUCAGAGUCACAAUAUCCUUUGUGUUUUAACCAUUACGCCGGUCAAAAAAACUUUGAUCUUGGUGGUUUUUUAUUCCGCAGACCGUCCGUUCAAUUUGAAGUGUAAAUCGACAGGCAUUUAGAAUUUAAAUAUUCUCGACUCACUUUUUUCGUAUUCCUUGUUCAACUUCGCUAAUAUAGGCUAAAAUCUCAUUCAAAGAAGCGAAAUGAUAUGAAAUAAAAAUUUUACGGUCGGGAAUUUGUAGAGGCUAGAAAAUAGGGUAUGAUCAUUCAAAUGUAUAGUAUCGGGGGGUAAUUAAAAAUUUAUGACGCGCUUUCAUAUUUUUGGAAUAUUUCCCAUUCGUCAAAGAUAGAGUAUUUUAAAUAUAACCGAGCAGUCACUUUGGUAGUUUCAUAGCUCAAAAUAGAAUUUAGAUUCAUGUAUUGUGGCUUGUAUGAAUUGGAUACCUUGAAUUUACCAAGAUAGAGAGCAUACUGAUUAUAUAAAAGCAAUUUAUCAUUUCUGACGUGAACAUUUAACAGGCUUAAAGAAAGAGGCAAAUUCUAAAUGACAAUUUUUCAUAUCACCAAAAGCCACGGGAACCUUAGAUAAUUAUUAUUUGUUAUUGCUUGUCAUGUAAAUGUAUGAAAUAAUGUUUAAAUGAAGACCUAAAUCUUAAAUCAGUCACACAAAAUAAUUAUAUUUUUUUUACAAGUGAUUUCAUACAGAACACUUUAUUGUAUCUGUGCAAAAUAAAUAGCAACGGAAACAUUUUCCUGUUGUCAGGACCCUCCAAGAUUACUUGAGCUGGUGGAGCAAACAUGAAAUGAGUAUUAUUAGUGUAAUAUAUUUUCUAAUUUUGGAGCCUCUAAGAUUUGGAGUGAUCAGGUCUAAAGUGGCAACUGAAUUUGGCUAACAGUCUCAAACCCAUCUUUGACAAACCAACUCUAUUUUUCCAGGCUUUUGUGAGGACAUGCUAAAUUAUUUCCCAAAGUGAUUAAAAAAGAGUCCUUGUCAGGCCCUAUGGUAGAGAUGCCUUGUUAAAUUUCAUUUUACAAAUAAUCUGCUAGUAUAAAGGGAGUGUUUUAAGACUCUUAUUAUUAGUAGACUUUAUUGUGUAUUAAGUGCAGUAGCAAAUUACAUUUGUGUGAUUCACACAUUUUUCAAAUUUUUACAGGCUUGAUCUAUUUGCUAAAAACUGUUGAUUGCUUUUAAAAUGACCUGCAGAGUUGGUAUCCAUUUGUCCUGCUGUGUGCUAGUUUGUUUUAGUUAAUCCAAUUUAAUUAAAUCUUUGUCUAGACCCUUGGAUGUUUUAUAAACAUUUUUAUUUGACUGGGUAGGAUUAGGGGCAGAUCUGGCUGGGAGUCUUUACUGUUAUCACUUGAUUAUUUUUCACCAGAAAUGUGCCAAGUUUGAUCAAUAUUUGAUUAGGGCACCAAUGUGGUGUAGAUAGCAUAAUACAGAUAACAUUUUGAGUCCCUUUCUUGAUAAAUUUGGAUACUAAGCACACAAUUAGGAUCAGAUAGUGGGCUGAAGUCAAUUAAGAAGAGAUUUUGAAAUGCAUACAAAUUAUAUUGAACUUGGAAAAUGAGAAGAACUGCAAUACAGAAUCUUAAUUAAAUUUUUGGCAAGAAAAGAAAUUUGAGUUAUUGAUCAGCUUUUUUGACAAACAACAAAGAGCUGUAUUGAAUAAGAUGUUUUUGAAGUUGCUUUGGGAUUUAAUACUGAGGUAAUGUAUUUAUACUAACAAAAAAAAAAGGUUGAAUUUGUGAUCAAAUUCUUUACUGUAUCUUAAAUAAUGUCUUCUAUAAUGAGUUUAUUAGGAAGGCUUCAAACCAUUUGGUUUUAAGAAAGCGGGAUAUAAAUUAAAUGAAGUUGAACUUAAUUACUGUCAUGGAGUUGUGAGUGUUUGUACCAUGCGACAUUGAAACAUUAAAAUUGUUCUAAAGUUGCUGCAAAGUAAUGUUUAUUUGAUGUAUGGAGUCCUUUUGGACUUGUGGCACAUGCAGACUUUUGCUUAUAGGUUCAAUGUGAUUCCCUAGAGUCCCUGUGAUCUUCUGCGUUUCACAUUGGCUUUAUUUUAAUUGUUUUUGUCUUAUCAGCAACGUGACUGCGACAGCACGUAGCUUUUUUCUUUUAAUGAUUUCAAAAGUGUGUUGAAAAAAAGACAGGUGAUCAGAAUGAAAUAAAUUUUUGGGAAAAUUUCCAAUAGCAUCAAUAUAGAACCAACUGUCAAAAAAAUAUAUGAUUGUCGUUUACUGUCAUUUUAACCCUUAAACUCGUAAGAUCCAGUCACGAGUUCUCCCUACUGCUUGCUAUAAAUUUCCACCUUAAUUAGACACAAGAAUAGUGUGUUUUAUUUGGAGAACACCCUUUUGCUGACAAGCUUGUCUAUUUUCAUAAGCAAGAAACAAAUUGGGAUUAGAAGGAGAAAUUACUUGUUUAUAAUUGCUGGUAGAUAGGGGGUUGAAUCGAAUUUACUGCAAAUAUAGCAAACUUGCAAUGAGUGUUAGUGGCAUUUUUCUGAGAUGUGUAUCACAAUGGUAAUAUAAUAAAAAAGCCACAAAUUAUCAUCCAAAUUUUGUAAGACACUUCAGGGAAAAGUUUUGUAAGACAUAAGUUCUUGAGAAGAAGACGGGUCUUUUUUAACGCUUUGCGUUUACGUGUGGAAUUGUGGUCACGCACGUCCUGAAACGGGUCGACGAACGAUUUGUUUUGUUGUCGUUCUUGCGGCAGAGAAGGAACGCGUUUACAAAGCAAAUUUUUACUUCUUUAAUUUUAAUAUAACGACAUACAGGAAUUUCCAGCGUUCAGUUUCAGUUUUAUUGAUAUAUGCUAUUUUAGAGGUAAUUUUUCCCGCGAGUUCACCGUCACUCGUUAAAUUUUCCUCGUUUAGUGUAAACAAAGGGAAAGAUUCCCCGCUGAUUGGUUACGAUUAGAAUGGGCUAGAAACAUGAUCCACGAUUUCUGAAUUCAACUCAGCUGGACUUGGGAAUUUAUUCCACCUCACUACUGUUGGGUUAGUCUUGGAUCCCUAUUAUGGUUUCGUGGAAUGGUUUGCCUUUUCCUCGAAAAAGUUUGCCUUUCUAAUUUUCAACCAGCUGAUUUGUUAGAACUAUCAGGUUUCCUCGGGUAUCAUGCUCGAAACCUAUAAGGAAUAAUUAUUCUGCUAUCGAAUCGCGUUCCGCCAUGUUUAUUGAGUUUGGUUUGCCGUGUGGCUUGUGGUCAGAAUUGAACAUCCACUGGUAGUCAAGAAUGUCUAAAAAAUCAAACAGAUUUACUUUGUUCGGUAAGGGUUAAGAUUUUAUAUAGACGGCAUGAUUAUUUUUUUUUAGAAAUAAAGAAAAAGCAGGAAACCUUACCAUAACUGCAGCGAGCCGCUCUGAAAUCGCUCAGCUUCGAUGUCGUUGAAUGCGUAUAGAGUAUCAAUGUUUUGAACACAUAUGCCCUGAAAAUUUUUAUUUUUAUUAUUUUAUAUGUGCGUGAAACAAUAUUUAAUCAAGUUCACUCGCCGCAUUUUCUGAUCGUUCACAACUCAGCGCGGGAGCUGAAAACAUGCAAUCAAGAGCGUUUGAUUAAUUUUUUGUACUCUACGAGAUUUGUUCAUUUUAAUUUAAUCUUAAACAUAUUUUUACAUUGUUCUCCGAAAUAACAGUUAGAAAUUAUGAGGAACCAAAGAUUAAAGCCAUCGAAAUAGCUGCUUUAUUGCAAGAAAAGUAUGCCUUCUUGACAGGUGAGAGCAAAUCGCCGAAUUUUUUGUAGUGAUACUCAAGAUCUUUGAUUAGCAGUUGUUCCUUAUGUUCCCCACACUUCAUCUUAUAUGUAAGUUAAGUACCAGCUGUACUUGCUUAACAUUCUCUAGCAAGGUGAUAGCUUUGUUUUAUCAUCAGUUUCUAUUGGGUGUUAUUGUAUAAAGGUGAGGAAAAUUAAAAACUUUAAAUCCCUUGGGUGUUGUGCUUUUUACUGCUUUGACAUUUUGAUGGCUUACAGAGCUGUUUUGUUUGACCUCAGAUUGCACGUACUUUUAUUUACAGGUGCACAAGCUAAAAAUGGCUGUCUUUUUGUGACAAUACCCGAACAUCCCAAGUUUGGAAACCUGAGUGAUCGAGAUACAGAAAGAAUUUUGAAGUAUCUUGUUGAACUGGCCAGGUAAGAACUUGCGUUGUUAACGAAAUAGGAUACAUCAAUUUUCGCUCAAUAACUUUUUGAACAUGAUCAAAUUUGAUUUAUAAAAAUGGAUUUUAAUGUUUGAAACUUUUCAGUGAUGAGUUGGUGCAGAAGGGAUUCAUUUUGGUCCUGGACAGGAGGAAAGACAAAUGGGGAGCUGUUAAAUCUUGUCUUCAAAAAUUGCAGGUUAGCAAUGAAAAUGUUUCUUUCCAUAAUUGUUUGCAGAAAAUUGGUAAUUGUUGAGUAUAAUUGUGAAAUGAUCUGGUUGCCCGAUUAUCUGGGCAAGAGUAGCUCUAAUGAUGAUUCUGAUGUCUCAAUGUUUCAACAACCUGAGUGAAAACUAGUGAAAGUCAGAGUCAAAUGAGCACUUGUUAUUUGCCAAGUGUUUACAGUGUGGUAACAUUCGACUAACCAGUAAAUCCUCAACGUGUAUGAGUACCCUAGGUUAGAUAUGCAUGUUAUGGUCUGGACUGUGUGCUCACAAGGGAGUAAAGUUUUGCCUUUUGUAGAUCACAUUUUCCCUUAGGAUUACAAAUCUUGUGAGAAGUAUUUCAUUUUGUUUUGUUUUAUUUUGUUUAGUUUCCUUCAUUCAAAUUAGACUGUUUUCAUUUAAGUCAAACCCAAGUCAGAGUAUGAGUCAGAAUAAACAGAUUAAAUAGAUAUUGAGUGGAAUGUUGAUUUAUUAUUUGAAUAUCCUAUUCACAGACUAAUUGUUGAUAUACCACAAAUGCUUGUCAUCAUGAGCUUGUGUAAAUUUGUUGUGUAUACUACAGUGACAAAUAAACUGAUGAACAUCUGAUUUGUUUAUUCUAUUUUUCUGUUUGUUUUUAAUUUUUUUUUUUAUUUUGUUUUCAGAAAUGUUUUCCAUCUAAAGCCAGUAUUAAUGUAGUGUAUGUAUUAAAACCACAAGGAUUCUUCCAGAAGUAUUCCAAACCCAGUUUUGUAGCAGAUGGUUCACUUCGUGACUCAAAAACAAAGGUGAGAUCAAAGAGGGCUAAUGAGACCAAAAAAAUAUUAGUUGAUGGUUCAUGAAAUCACUGAAAAAUGACUGAUUUCUAUUAAUAAUUAACAAACUGAGUGUAGCUUGCAAAAUAUUUUUUGCAAUCUUUGAUGCCUAAUGAACAAACACACUUAACUUAAGUCACAGGUGAUUUUUCAUCAUCCCAAAAUAGUUUGAAACAGGAGGGGGGCAUGAUUGGGAUCCAAGAGAAUGGGGGAGGGGAGGUUGUGGUAGGUGUAUGAGAGAUGGAGCAGGAAAAUGAGAUCAGGAAGUGGAAACUUCCCCCACGUACCUUGACUACCAAAGGGAUCAAAGAUUACUGGUAAUAAUAUUUUAUUGCAUUUACCAUUAUAUCAUUGUUGCUUACAAGGUUGUUUCUCUAAAUUGUGCUGCUGAGUUGGAGGAAUACAUUGACAAAUCACAACUGACUGAAGAGCUUGGUGGUAGCCUACAAUACAGACAUGUACAAUGGGUUCAAUACAGAACAGUAAGUACCUUGAUUUGCUAACUUGUUUGUACUCUGCUUAGUAUAUUAGGUGUAUUUUGAUGAACCUGUCAUAGAAGGUAUGAACAAAGAACUAAAUAUCACAUAUUCUUCUUUUUCCAGGCAAUUGAACGAUUCGAAAGAAACUUAACUUCCUUCAAUGAGAGAACUGCUGACUUAAAGCAGGUCUUUUCCAAAACAAAGCUGUCCUCAAGCGUACCAGAUAUGGAACAGAUCAUAGAAACUCAAGAAGAAAUGUGGCAGGAUAUCAGGGAAGACAUGGAAAGUGCACAUCAAGCAGGAGUCACGCUUUUGGAUUGUAUCCAUCCCAAGCAGAGGGAUGGAGCUGAUGAGUGGUAUACUCCUGACAUCAAAGCUAAUGCAGCUGAAUUGAAAGAAUUCUUAGUGAAACUUAAGGAAAUGGAAAAUGAUAUUGAAAAACUUUGGAAAGAGCAGAAGGCAAUGAUUCAGUAUGGAUUGAAAGUGUGUCUUUUUGAGAGAGAAAUAAACCAGGUUUGUUUGUUUGGUUAAUUUUGUGUUCACUUCUCCCCCUUUCCUUGCAAAUGUUGAGAUAAGAGGACCACAAAUGUCACAUUAGUAGGAAAAGUGCUACCACUCAAACUGUCAGUUUUAGAAACUCUAAACAGGGGCCAAUUUAUAUUUAUCUAUAAACUCAAUUGAUAACACCAAAUUAUCAGCACAAUGGGUUGUAUUGAGGUCCUAAUCAUAAGUUUUGUCUCAAAUUUGCAUUUUUAGACAACAGGCUUACUCCUCUCAUCACUCGGCAACUUAUCAGCAAUGACUGAUCUUGGUGAUUCAAGAGAUGAUGCCCAAUCAAUGCUGAAUGAGCUAACAGAAUUUGCAGAUAAGAGCAAAGUGAGUGGUUGUUAAUAAAUGAACUACAACUUUUAAUUUAUUGAUUCAGUAUUGAUUUUUAAGUUUUGUUGUGAUUGUAAUGAUUUCAAUAAUCACACUGAAUGAGCAGCAAUGAGUCACAACUUGUCUGAUUACUAGUACCACAUGACAUUCAGUUCAUUUUAUCUAGGCCAUUUUUUUAUCAGAUCAAACUGACUAUUAAAUAAAUGAUUUUUUUGUGAAGCCAAAAAAAAGUUCUUUGUCUUGUUACAUUUAGCAGGAGCUUCUUGAUAAAGCCAAAGGCCUGGUGGCCAAGGGACUCAAAAUGAUAGAAUCACAUGAACAAUCUAAGGAAUCGAUCAAGAUGAAGUGUGAUGAGAUCAAAGAGCUCUGUGACAAGUUUGAUAAGGCCGUACUAAAGAGGGAAGAUGACUUGAAGAAAGCUAUAGAUAUACAUGAAUGUCUUGAAAUGGUAACUGCAGUUGUUUCAUAAUAUUAAUUAUAUAGGUCAAUAAGAGCUGGUUUAAGCCAAAAAGUUUCCAAUAGAAACCCUGUAAUUGUAUCUGAUGAACAUAUAGACUGUCAUAUAAAACUUGGACAUGUAGAAGUAUUAAGAAAAUUUAGUGUAAGGUAAAAGGAGAGUAAACAAGGUAAUGGCUCCAUGCCUGAAUAAAAGCAGCUCAGGGCUUUGAAAUUUAGGAAGACAAUUUUCAGUUAAAGCCAGAGAAUUCUCUAGUUCUUAAUGCCCAAGGCACUCCCUCAAUCUCAGCCUGAAAUAAGGUUUCAACUUUUUACUCAUUGACUUGGAGCUUUUGGUAAUUUUGCCUCGACAAUGUCUUUCCCAUAUCAGGUCAAUAAAUGGUGUAAGACUGGUGGAGACCUUUUGGCGUUGCAGCCAAUAGAUAGAUUUCAGUCUUCAGAAGGAGCUGAGAAAGCUUUGGAAGAAAUAGAUAAUUUCCUGAAGAGUCCACAAGGAAUGAACAUGGUAAAGGUCAGAAAGAUGACUCCCAUGAGCACUGCUCUUGGAAACAAGACACUGAUAAGUAAAGUCAAAGAUAGCUUGAAGAGGAUCAGUGAAGUCAAUGAUAUGAUGGCCAAACGCGAAACAGGGUAACUAUAUUUUGUAUGUGCAGUGGUAAGGAGUGCCUCCACCACCUGGCCUGGGUUUGAUUUCUUGGCCUGGAGGGUCACAUGUGGCUUGAAUUUGUUGUUAAUUCUGAUGAUUUAACCCUUGAUUUAUCAAACUUGUCAAUAAUUGGAUUAAUUUGUCCCUUUUCUCUAGGAUCUUCUGAAAUUCAGAAUAUUUUGAUUGAUGUUCUUUGAGAACAUACAUUACUUUUUCCAUUUUUGAUACAAAUUAGUAUCAGCAAGAUGUCAAAAAAACUUAAUGAUUGCUAGAAGGCUACCAACCAUGGAUUAGCAUCCUGGUUAGGAAAAGUUGCAGUGCAAUUUGGGUCAUGAAGAAGACAUUGACUCAGGCAUUAAUGGAUCACUUGGCAUGUCAGAUGUGGUACCACUUCAUCUGUAUUUAAAAUCUUAGCAUCCUUUUUUUUUCUUUUUUUGCAAUUAUUUUAAAACUUAUACAUACCAUUGAUUGUUACUUUUGUUUUUAUCAGCUUGAAAAAACUUGUUGUGAAGCGACCAGUGCAGCCUGUCUCAGCCUUUCCUGCCAGCCAAGCUUCUAUUCCUGAUGAGCAAAAAGAUUCUAAGCGCAGAUUUAGUCAACAACUAAAUUUAAAAAGUCCAGGUUGGUGUUAAAAAAGUUCCAUGAUUUGUGUAAUGCAAGAGGCUCUCAGCCUGGUAUUCUAUACUACAUGACUUACAUUUACCCAACUUGCAAACUAGAAGUUUUAUUUCAUUUAGUGAUCAAUUUAUCAACAUUUAAAUGAUUUCUUUGCCUAUAGUUCAGGUGCGCAAGAUUGAGUUUAAGAAGUCCAAUGCACCUGAAUCACCCAAGCGACCAGUGUCCAUUGUGUUAGAAAGUCUUCAGGUGCAAGAUGGCAUGCAUUCAUCCCUCUCUGAGCCAAGUAUACAGGUAUGUUUACUUACAUGAAAUAAAAAAUUCCCUUCUUUCUCCCUUUGUUCUAUUUUUGUAAAAUGCAAGUAACCUACCCAAAACUAGUCAGAAAAAGUUGGAAUUUUUUAUUUGAUAAAAGUGAUAAACUGUUCUUUAUACCAAUUCAUUAGAAAACCCUCCCUUUUCUGUGCUCUGGAGAACAGGCAAAGAGCUUUUGGGAAGAAUUGCCUUUGACUCAUUGGUUAAAACUCUUCUGUUCCUUACCUUAUAAUUUAUUGUACUUGAAGAAAUGAUGUUUGUAAUGGCUGAAAUAUUUGCAGUCUUCCAGUCAUUUAUUUCUUUAAUUUUCCUUUGUUUUCUUUGGUAAAAGAGAGCUAUUGUAGAUGGCACUGACAGUCCAGAGGCUGCAAAGAAGCGGUCACAAGUGAUGAAAGAACUGAUCCAAACAGAAAAAGAUUAUGUCUAUGACUUAGAGCACAUUGUUAAAGGAUACCUGAAGGAAUUUGCACGUGCUGGAAAAAAGAUUCCUGCAGAUCUACGGGGAAAAAAGAAUAUUAUAUUUGGAAAUAUUGAACAGAUUUAUGAAUUUCACAAGAAUGACUUUUUGCUUGAGUUGGAGUCUUGCCAAGAUCAGCCAUCUUUGGUGGGUGCUACAUUUAUCAUGAAGAGUAAUGAAUUUGAAAUGUAUGCAGCAUAUUGCAAGAACAAACCAAGUUCUGAGGCAUUGCGACUGGAUUACAUUAAUCUGCCUUUCUUCAAGGUAAGAUUUCUGUUUACCGAAAUGCAAACCAUAAUAAAAAUUUCUUGAGUAACUUUCUAGUUUUUACAUCAAUAUCUCUAUUUGGGUUCCUAUAUUCUGUCAAGCAUUAAGAAAUUUCUUUGACUGGCUGUUUCAUGGUUAGGUUGCCUAAAAUAGCAUGAUCAAGGUGCUUGAGGUUCUAAGAUCUAAUUGAAUUAAGGGGGUUAGUUUCUAUAGAAACUGUGGUGUUAUGUCAGUGGGAGGGUACAGCAAGGUAAUUUGGUAUUAUCAACUGAGUUGAUAACGUAAAUUGGCCACCAUUAAGAAUUUCAAAGCUCUUAACGGUGGCCAAUAUGACAGCAUUAUCUUGUUCUAAGAGCUACUUUUGUUUUCCACUCUAUUAGCUACUGUAAAUGCCACAACAAAGAAAGGUUUUGUGGGCUCAUUCUUGUCAAAGGCUAUUUCAGUGUGCAAACUGUUAUUGGAGCACUGUUCUUCUCAUUGAAUAAAAUGAAUCAAGCCACCAGUGCCAUUUCAGCAAGUGUCUAUGUUGGCUGGAACCCUUUUAAGCUGCUAAGUGGAGAGAGGCACUUGCCCAAGAUAUCAACGUAAUCAGCUUUUGACAAAGCACUAAACCUUGGACCUUCAGCUAAAGAGUAUUCUAUGUUGGACAGUUCACAUUUAUUUGUCAGCUCAUGUAGUUGAUAAAACCAAAUUACCACUUACCAUUUGGCCAUGGAAUCUUCUAAGUGGAGAAAGACCAUCUUAGUUUUUUAUGACCACUCAACUCUUCAAGUGCACUUCACUCAGGCUCUUGACUGAUGCAGUACUUACUUUUUUUCACAGGAAUGUCAAGAAAGACUUGGUCAUCUACUGCCAUUGAGUGCAUACCUCCUCAAACCAGUCCAGAGAAUUACAAAAUAUCAACUGCUGCUGAGGGAAAUGAUGAAACUUACACUUAGAAACAGCACUGCAUAUGAUGACUUAGAAAAAGCUCUUGACACCAUGGAAGGAGUGUUAAGGCAUGUGAAUGAUGUUAUGCACUCAUGCUGCAUAAGAGGAUUUCCUGGUAACCUUGCUGAGCAAGGAAAGUUGCUCCUUCAGGACUCCUUUAUGGUUUGGGAAACAAAUAAAACUCUGAAAGUGUUGCCCCUUAAAGGAGGAAGGCAACGGCAAGUAUUUAUGUACGAAAAGUUGAUUAUCUUUAGCAAAAAGGAUGUUCAAGAAACAAGUAAAGAAGCAGUCCUGUACAAGUACAGGAAAGAUAUAAAGGUUGGUUAUGAUUUGGUUAAUUCUUAAUAGUUCACAUGGGUCCAUUAAAUGAAGAUUUGAGUUGGUUCUCUCUUAAUGAAAUCUUCAAAUUAUAUUUCACUGACCUGUCAAAGUUCCAUGCAAGGUGGAAAUUUUGCUUCAAAAAAGUUACAUGCUUUCAUUCUAUUUAGUCCUUGAUAAUUACCCAACACCAGCAGUCACUACUAAGUAUGAAUUAUUUCCCUCAUGCAACAAAUUAUUUUCUGCUGUAUUAUUAUUGAAUUGAAUGAUUAAACACAGGGAAAUUAAAUAUAGGUUUGGACUUAAACAUUGUUACCUUAAACAUUGUUUCAACAUUGUCAUAAUGUACAGAAUUUUUAUUUGUUUGCUUGCAUACUUGUAGACAUGUGAUGUGGGAUUCACUGAAACAGUGCCAGAUGCCCCAGAAAAGUUUGAGCUUUGGCGAAAUGGAAGAUCAGAAGUCUUUCUUUUGCAAGUGAGUAACUUUCACUGCACUUGAUCUUGAUGUACGCUAAUAAUGCUUGUCAGAACAAAAUUGUUUUGGUAUUUCUGUGAGGAGUAGAAGGUCUUGCUUGCAGUCAGAGAAGGGAGAGGCAAGCUGGCUAAAAUGCUUCAAUUUAGACUGAAGAUUAGUUACUCCGAGUGUCAUUGAGAGGUGUGCAGGUUCAAGGAAUGCCAAGCUGGUGUUGCAUUUUGCCCUGGUAGGGGGAAGGGGAGAGGGGCCACUUUUUCAAGAAGAGUGGUAUAGUCCUGAUAAAUUUUGAAAGAGUGUUAUUGAACUUGUGGGUACCGCUCAUAUUCCUUUUAUUAAGUCCAAACCCAAUGAAACAUUGAUGGUAACUUGUUACAUGAAAAACACUGAUAUCACAGCUGCUAUUUACUGGCUCACUGUUGAAUGUCACCUCUUUUUGUUCAUAUUUCAGCCUGUGUCUCUGGAAGUUAAAACCCGUUGGGUGAAAGAAAUAAGAAACCUUCUUCAGUCUCAGUUUGACCAAGUAAAAGGUGUGCUGUAAGAAUUAAGAAUAUUGACCAUAUUUUAGUCUUAAAUUUACCUUGUGUUGUACAAGGUUUUUUUUUUUGGAAGUACACUUACAGUUAAAAAUCAGGGGAGAAGCAUUUCUUUUUUCUGUUCUUUGAUCAUUACAGUGUCCUGUGGUUACAGCACAGUGGAAGCUUGGAUGAUAAUUAGAUUUCCUAUAGUGUCGCUUCAGGGGAAACUUAAUGAUUGGUUCAAAAAGCUAUUAAUGAUAUCCACCAGAUCAACCUUUCAUAUUGAGGGAAUCAAAACAUUAAACACACGUUUUCAAACAUAAUGUGGGUUGGGGUUAAAAAAGUCAUUAGCAUUUACAGUGUACGAUUAUUUCUAGUUAACCAGUGAUAAUUUUUCUAUCAUUUUGUUUUCUUUUCAGAACAAUCAACAAUUCAUGGUGAGUGUGUCAUAGCAAAGAUGUGGAUAAAUCUUAAAUGACUGAUCAAUCAUGUCUGAUGGUUUCAUUUAGCUGAAUCUUUAUUUUCAUCAAAGACUGUUUUUUUUGUAUUUUUUAGAUCGUUGGAAGUCAACCUCAGCCCUGUCGUCAGCACCUACUUCAACAGAAUCACAGCUAAGAUCACGAAGUCAAUCUUCAUUUUCAAUUGCAUCAAGUGUUGCAGCUAGCAACAACAACAGCAACAGGUUAAAAUAAUUACAAUUAUUGCUUACACACAGUGACCUAUCCUUGGUGAACAAUUCUUCAAUAAAAACAUAAUGAGUGAUUCUUACUUUUUCUUCUGCAAUGUUAGGUAUUCAAACAUUAUGGAGAGAAAUAAUGCCAGUGAUGAUGAUGAUGGCUUUGAUACUGAUGAAUUUGACUCUGACAACAGUGAUGAGUCUCCCCACAAUGAACCAGAACAGAACGACAGUCACUAUGAUGUACAUACUAGCACUGAGUUUGUGGUAAAUACACUAAUUAUCUUACAUCUCAUUGCCCAAUUACCAUCUCAAGUUUUUAUAACUACUCUGUAUUAUGACUAAUGGGAAGAACAUAUGGAAUUGCAUUUACCAUUACUAGAAAUUGUUGUAAUUGAAAACAAGAGUUUUUAAACAUAAACUUCCUGCCCUCUGAAUUAAAUCUCGCGUCCAAAACAAUGUGGCAAAGUGUUGGAGAGAUGGAGCAUAAUGAACACUAUAUUGGCAAUGCUUUAUUUCUGGUGGUUUUUGUAGCUGAUGAUUUUUUUCCAAUAAAUCUUUACAGAAUUUGACAGAUAAUGACAAUAAAGAUCUUCCAUCCAGUGGGACUAAGUAUGUAGCUGUAGCUGGCUAUGAUGCUGUGGAAAGCACUGAGAUAUCUUUCCAAGAAGGAGACACUCUGGAACUGUUGAGAGUUGGACAGGAAGGGUGGUGGUUUGCACGACACCAAAGAACUGUUGAGGAAGGAUGGGUUCCAGCAAGUUACUUGGAUAUGAUGGCUGAUUGAUGAGCAUAUGAUAUACCUACAAGUGCUGUUCCACUCAGGAAGGCUAUUAUUUGUAUUUUAAUUAUUAUUUUUGUUAUCAAUAAAAUCAAUAUGCCAGUAGUAAAUAUAGAGAAUAGUGUUACUGAUCCAAGUUUGUGGGAAGGAGCAAAAAGGGGCAGGAAGAGAAAAAUGUUAUCACUGUUUUUUCACUGUCUGCUUUUUAACUUUUUGUCUCCUGACCGAGACCCUUGCAGAGGUUUGUAGUUAGGUUUCAAAUAGGUAAAUAUAGCUUGUGUAAAUUUAAUCAAGGUAUAGCUGGUCUGUACUAUGAAUUAAAUCAUUAACUGUUUAUUAUCUUCAAUUAUAAUUGUAGAGUUGAAUAUAAAUGCAAUGUGGGAAAAAUUUAAAGGGUAAAUAUUUAUUAGAGAUCACUCAUUCGGCCAAAAUCUCAAUGGUAAUCCACUAACAUACAAAGUUUUUAAUUAUCUGCAACAUCUUAACCAUUUAACUCCCAAGAUCCAAAUUCUAAUUCUCCCUACUAAGUGUCAAACUUUUCCUUGUACAAUGGACUGCAGAAUGUGGUUUCAAUAUCACCCUCCAGCUGAUGAGCUUACCUGUUCUCAAACCCUAUUUACGAUAUAACUGAAUGGAAUUGUAAGAAGUUGCAUGUGUAUUACUUUUGGGAGUGAAAGGGUUAACUUGGCAAUGGGGUUAUGUUUAAAGAGCUUGUGUUGAUAGGCUGGGAUGUAUGAAGUAAAUAGUGUGUUAAGGCUGACAGUCCUUACAAAUUACUGUAUCCUUGAAUGUCUGUCACAAGUAUUACUUUAAAUCAAAGUUAUACAAGCUUUUUUAUGUCAAAAAGUGUAUUUCCAUCUACUGAACCCCAACCAUUUGAAUGGCUUUUUUUGCAUGUAAAGGAGAUCUAAGCCCUGCACAUAAUUAUUGAACACUGUAGUUACACAAACCUCACCUGCUAACAAACUAGAGAUUUCAUUGUUUUGUAUUUGAUAUUUAAUUGACAUGAUCAGACCAUGCUGGAAUUUAUUGUUUCAAUAGAUAUGAAUGAUCUGUGGGAGGUGGUGGGUUUUAGUAGAUGCACUGUACAUAAUAUACCCAGCCUGUUAUAUUCAAGGGCUGAAAAUUUUUAUGUGUGGAAAGGCAUAGUAUUAUCCAACCUUGCAGCUAUUGAGCAUAGGUGUUAUAGGAGCUUAAGAUGGGUAAAACUCAUUUGGUGUAAAUAUGUGAAUAGAAUCUAAAGGAAACUUUAUUUUUAAGAUUAUUUUCUGGAAAUUACAUUGCGUAGCUUUGUGUAAAAAUGAACUAAUUAAAACAACAAUCAAC